UAUUGUCCUGACUUUAAAUUUUGUUAUUUGACGAAUUUUAAGGGAAUCUUACAAAAUUUAGACUACCUACAUGUGCUUUUGAUAUCUUUUAUAAAUAAAACAUUGAUGGCUUGGAUUGAAAUUUCUUUUCACUUUCUCGACUUCCUCCAUCUAUUUUUCAGGUUGGGCAAGAAGUGUGAUUAUAAUUUUUGGGUACUUCACCGUGUCUUCUUGGCUGAGAGGAAUAAAUGGCAGCAACACUCGUAUCCUCCUCAGCUGCUGGUUGAUAUUUACUCUUUUGCUGACGACUCUACUGUCUAGUGGCGUAUUUAUGAGGCUCGCCCUCCCACACUACUCUCAAGAAGUGAACACGGUGAGACAACUUGUGGAGGGCCACUACUACUGGACAGCGCAGUACUAUGCUCGCUUCAACAACGCAGAACUGAGAAGAUCCAUUUUUGACUGGGAGAACCCCUGGCACCGUCAGUUUGAAAAGAAAUAUGUGUAUCUGGAAGCUGAGGAGGUGCGUUUGAGAGCAGAAUCGGACAAGAAAAUUACAUUUCCUGUGCAGGCCUUUGGGCGAAGUAUCAUUAUUAUCAACACAGAUGGUCUGGUUCGACAGAAAACCUUAAAGAACUUCAGACUGGCCGAAGAAGUGAUACGUGAAAGCCAUGUGUCGUUUGGUGUCAAGAAACGCUCUGUCUUGCUGAAGCCUCUAAAGAUAAUCUCUAGAAAAUUUCUAGAGGUAAUACUUCAUAACUAUUUUCAAUAUAUAAUUUAUACUAUUUAUAUUAAAGUAUGUACAUUUAUACUUUAUUUUAUAUAUAGUCUGAGAGGGUCAAAACAGCAUCUAACCAGCCCUUGUAACCUACUUCCGAUCUAAUAUAUUUCAAGUGCCACAACUAGUUUGAUUUUUCGUCCUGACGAAGAAAUUACAUCAUUAAAUUACUCAUGUUAUGUGUAAGUAACAAAAACCAAGGCAACAAUAUAUAAUAUUAGAUUUUGAAUUUUAUCACUGUUUUUAAAGAGUUAUAUCUUGUCUAGGUCUAAAAGUAGACUGAUUGUAUGCAAAUCUAAUUUUCA